GUGAAAUAUAUUCGGAGUACGUCGAAGACUACAGCGUUAAAGUUCUAGGUUGUAUUCUAGUAUCAAAUAUUGUCGAGAGAGAGAGAGAACAUUUUAUCGACCGACUGUACAUCCUCCAAUUUGUAGCCUAUUUUAAAACCAAGAUGUCGGCAGAAUUUCAGCACGGAUUAUUUGGGUGUUUUGAUAACGUUGGAUUGUGCAUUAUUUCAUAUUUUGUGCCUUGCUACACGUUUGGUAAAAAUGCUGAGGCUGUUGGCGAGGGAUGCUUUUUGUGUGGUUUAAUGUUUUUAAUUCCCAUAGCUAAUAUUAUUAGUUUGGUUAAAAUUCGUGGAAAGAUUCGGGAACAGCGCGGUAUAGCUGGCUCGACCAUCAGUGACCUGAUGCUAGUAUGUUGCUGCACGUUGUGUACAUUGGUCCAAGAAGCUCAAGAAGUCCAAGGAUCUGCUCCUGCAGGUGUCAGUAUGGUUCGAGAGUAACAAGAAUAAAACCUUUUAUAUUUUUCUCUGUUGCCGUUUUUUACUGCCUCUUUGGAUGAUGUUUUUUGUAUACAAAUCAGUGCUGUAACUCGCCUUAUUGUGAAUUUGUUUAUAUACUCGAAUCUACUACGCUCAAUUCUUACAUUUCGAGGGUCCACAAGUUUUGAGUCCGAAGUGGGCUCACAUUUUCUCUCAAAUGAGUAUUCUGGAUAUUUAUGAAAUGUUAAGGAUAAUAACUUAGUUUCUCAAGGUGAUAUUUUGACCAAACCUUUCUUAACUGUUCUUUCCUGGAUUACCUGUAAAAAAAAAGUUCAGUUUGGUAUGCUCGACUGGAAGCAAGAAACAAUCAAUAUUUUUCAAGAAUAGCAAGAGAACACAUAGCAACCGGUCGUUUGAUAAAGUAUAACAAUUUUGGUGAUAUUUUGAAAACCAUGUACUUCCUGUUCCGGUUCUGCGUUUUGUAAAUUGGAAAAUACAACGGAAUGCUGCUGGGUGAAAUUUUGUCAUCGGUAGUGGAGUCAAAAAGUCAAACUUCAGUAUAUGGACAUUGGACCACGUGAUAUUUUGAAAACCAUGUACUUCCUGUUCCGGUUCUGCGUUUUGUAAAUUGGAAAAUACAACGGAAUGCUGCUGGGUGAAAUUUUGUCAUCGGUAGUGGAGUCAAAAAGUUAAACUUCAGUAUAUGGACAUUGGACCACGUGAUAUUUUGAAAACCAUGUACUUCCUGUUUCGGUUCUGCGUUUAGUAAAUUGAAAAUACAACGGAAUGCUGCUGGUUGAAAUUGUAUGUAUAUGGAUAUCGGACCUAUCUGCAAAGUGAACUCAAAGAGCCAUAAGUGAACGGCAACACCCCGACCUAUUUUCUAUGUGAAAAGAGAUCAUUGUAUUCUGUGGAUAUGAAUACCAUUAACAGGAAAGUUAGUUUGGAAUUGGGAGCAGAUUGAAAACCAAUAUGAGAUAUGCGACUUGUCAGCGGUUAACCAAAUCAUUAUCAUUGUAGAAUGAACAUAAAAUUUGAUUCUCAAGAAUAGUCAAUAUGAGUCUAUAUUCAUCAGUGAACUUACCUGGUGUCAUAAAGUUACAACAGAAUCCAUGUAAAAUCUAGAAAAUUGGAAAAUUCAUAAAACUAAGAAAUAAUUGAAAAACGCGUUAUCAUAAUAUUAAGCUUUUUUCAAUAGUUAAUUGCAUAUUUAUGGAUAAUUAAGUUUUUUGGAUUUAUUAGAUUAUAUAAGGAUCCUGUUAUGUUAUUUAUGACACCAGGUAUAUCUACUGAUGAAUAUAUGCUCUUAUUGGCCAAGUUUAAAUUUUAUAAAUUUUAUGUUUAUUGUAAGACGUAGUAUCACUUUAAAGGAGGGUGUUUACCAAUCAAGACCAGAGGACGAAUUAUGGUUCCCGCAAUAGUCAAUAGUAAAUGCAUCAGGCCUUCAUUUUUCGGAGGGCAAGUAAUAUAUCUGGAGGUGCAAGUAAUAUAUUUGGGGGGACAACGGUUUGUGCUGAUAAUUUGCAGUAAUGGAAUCGGUCGUUUGUCAGAAUUUUUUCAAUUUUCUCCUUUGCCACCUUUGUAGCUAUACGGAGCUGGUAUUCAUUUCUGCUAAUUUUGUUGAUUUUUAGAAUAAUCAUUGUUCUAUGAACUUGAAUUGUCUAAAAAACAGUCAUUUUUCAAAAAUAUUUCAACAUAGCAAUCAGUUUUAAUUUCACCACUACACUAUUAUGAAUAUUUCAAAAUACAGUAAGUAAUUCGAAGCACAUAGGCAUACUCCUGUAUUAAAAUGAUUCAGCAAACAGAAUAUGUAAUUUCAAACCUUUGAGCUUGUGAAUACUCAUAAAUAUUUAAGUUUACUUUGAAAAUUUGUUACAAUAAACGUUUCUUAUUGUUUUUCAAUAAAUGAUCAUUAUCU